UUUAACAGGGAAUAUUUACAGCCUGAUAGCUCGGAAGGAGAUGAUUGCGCUCGUUCUCUUUGCUGCCCUGCUGUGGGACGAGGCUGAAGCGUGGGGAUUCAAGGACGGAGUGCUGCAUAACUCCAUUUGGUUAGAACGAGCAGCAGGAGUGUAUCACAGGGAGUCUCGCUCUGGCAAGUACCAGCUCACGUACGCAGAAGCAAAAGCGGUGUGUGAAUACGAGGGAGGACACCUAGCCACGUACCAGCAGCUGGAGGCGGCCAGAAAAAUAGGUUUCCAUGUGUGUGCUGCUGGCUGGAUGGCAAAGGGCAGAGUUGGUUACCCCAUAGUGAAAGCUGGAGCCAACUGUGGCUUUGGCAAAACUGGUAUCGUUGAUUACGGGAUUCGCCUCAACAGGAGUGAGAGAUGGGACGCCUACUGCUACAACCCCAACGGAAAAGAAUGUGGUGGAGUCUUCACAGAUUCCAAACACAUCUUUAAGUCCCCAGGGUACCCAAAUGAGUAUGAAAAUGAUCAGAUUUGCUACUGGCAUAUCAGAGUCAAGUAUGGCCAACGGAUUCAUCUACAGUUCCUAGAGUUUGAUGUUGAAGAGGACGUUGCUUGUAUGGCCGACUUCUUGGAGAUCUACGAUAGCUAUGAUGACAUCAGUGGCUUCGUGGGCAGGUUUUGUGGAGAUGAACUACCAGAUGAUAUCAUUAGCACAGGCAACGUUAUGACCUUGAAGUUUUUGACAGAUGCCUCAGUGACCGCUGGCGGUUUUCAGAUCAGAUACACUACCAUGGACUUGCCUUCAAAGCCAAGUGAUGGAAAGAACACGACAUCCCAAGGCAAACCAAACUUCUUGUCUGGAAAGUUUGGUAUUAUGUGA